AUUCAAACUGCAACUUUUGACUUAUGUUUUCUGACAGCAGCAUGACGGCGUCUUCGCUGCGCUGCUUCCGGCUGGAGGCUACGCGGGGGCCUCACAGCGGGCUGGUGCUUCGCCAUUGCCACGCAGACUAUAUUUCUUCUUCCCCUCUUUCCCAUGAGCUCUCCAUUGGCCGCAAGAAACGUUGCUGGCUUCGUCUGCCUCAGGAUUUAGAAGUGUCGAGCGUCCACGCCGAGUUUCGUUUUAUAGAGAGCGAUACGAGCGUCACCCUUCGAGAUGUCAAGAGCACAAAUGGCACCAAACUCAAUGGCAAACCGCUACACCCUCAGCAGGACUAUUUACUGACCGACGAAGACGUCAUCAGUAUUGGUAGAACCAGUCUGCGCGUCGUUCAGGUGGUGCACGGACGACCGUGUGGCGAAGAGAUGGAAACUAGCGCUGCUGGUGGUAGUAGUAUACUAACCCCAAGUAUAUCGUCUUCAGUAGCUCAACCUACCGCAGUUCCGAAGAUGAUAGUGCUGGGUGAUUCGACUGAGGACAAAGGGGUGGCUUCUAAUACUACUGGAUCAAAUGGGACCACAGAAGACCAACCGGAUACUGAGCCAGCUCACGAUGAAUUGCUGUUAAAACCGGUUAUUAGUGGUGGUAAAAGCAAAAAGAGACAAGGCAGUGUCAAGUUGCAGAAAUCGGAGUCUAAUGGUGAUGCCAGAGUUGGCGCUGUGGGCGAAUAUACUCCGGAGGAAGCCACGUGUACAGUGUGCAGAGUGGUGAUCGGACAACUGGAUCUACUGGAGCAGCAGUCGCACUUGAACGUGUGUCUCGGUGGCCGUGUAGUCGCCCCCUCUACUGCGUCUUCGUCGACUGCUGCCAUGGAUGCAGAACCGAAGUCACUGAAACGAGGAAAUGCGGGGAGUGCGUCUGCUAGAACUAAAAAGCCGAGAAAGACGAAGGCGGGGGAGGAAGGUCACGAUCCUGCUGCUCCUAAGACGAAGAAACCGAGGAUACGAAAGCGAGCUAACGCAGGGGAGAGUAUUGAGCUAGCACUAGCGUUGGCGGGCAAGAAGAUGAGCAAGGAGGAGCAGACUGAUGUGCAGCUGGUAGCGACGAAGAAGAAGCUUGAGCAACUUGAUGAACAAAUUGCGAAAUUGACUAAAAGACGCAUGAACCUUGUGAAAACGCUCGACAGAUUAGAGAGGACGAAGGAGAAACUGAGGAGAUCUCAAGUGUUGCCUCCAGCAAAGGUGCUCCAGCUUCUGGAUCUGAAGGCUGCGCUGACUGCCAUUUUUCCAGCCAACCGGCGGGCCAACCCAGACGCUCGGACUGUAAGCACAGAACGUUCAGAAAACACUUCUGCUGUGGCGAAGCACUAUGCUCCACUGCGAUGGAGUGAGAGUGGAAUUACAAUUGAGUGCGAUGAAGAGAAGCGAGCUGAGUUGACAGCGGUGGCUGCUAUUUCCAUGUGGGCACGCGCUUCGCAGCAACUCUUUGGUCUACAACGUGAUACAUUGCUGUAUCGCAAUAGUAUACUACGAGCAUUUCUUGGCGAUGAUGAUACUGAUAGUAGUAUCAUGAAACUAGACAACGACGAUGCAGAUGAUGAAGACGGAGCUGCAGAUUUUGAACAAAAGAGUGAGUCAGAAGAGAAAUCGGAAGCUAAGCUCAGUCUUCCUCAAGCGGACUCAGAAGUUCCGGAUGUAGUGAAGCGCGUGUUCCUGAACUGGCAGCGUGAUUUAGAAUUUUUAAAUGAGCAGACAGCAGAGGAGCUUGAAAGCGCUCUCGAGGCUAUCAACGAGGCCCAAGCACGAGCUCAAGGAGACGAGGACCAACGAGAAGGACCUUAUAAAGAGGAUGGAGACGAGCAUACUGCUGUAAACCCCGAAGUCACCACCUCGAAGAGCACUGAUUCAGCUCGAGAGGAGCGGCGACUAGCAUGCGAAUACAUGGCUCAGGUGAUGAUACAACUGAUUGCCGAGAAGAGGCAGCAUGCUAGUGAAUCAGAUUUAGCCGAGGGAGUUCAACACAACGAGCAACAGAAGCGACAACAGUAUGUCAUCGACCUGGUUGAUUCCAGUGGUGAAGAGUUUGGGCAGCAGGAACAAGCUUCCGAUAUCGUUGUUGCGAGCGACAAUCAGGGCUCUAUUAACGAGCUGCUGAUACGUGAUUUAAGCGCAUUUACGACUACUACUACGAAUUUCACCAGGCCUGUGCACAACCAAUGCGAAAUAGUCGCUCGUGUUGAAAGCAACUAAACGACACCAUGUGCAAUGCAGCAUAGAGAUUUUAAACCCUGUCGCGAAGUAAAAUUAAUGUUCUUGCAGUACCUCGCAAAAUAAAUGCUUUGGCACAAUUCCGGUCAUGACACCCG